AUGAAGAUCAGAAGGCACAAGGUGUUGCUGUUCUGUUCAGUUGGGCUAUGUGUUGUCUCCUUCCUGAAUUAUUACAAAGUUCUUCAACAUGUGCCUUUGUUACAACAACUCUCUAGCCAGGCUGCUAACCUGAAAACCUCCAUCAUGGCCAGUGACUUGUUCUGGAGGGAGAAAAGUGUUCUUCUAUCCAGGCCCCUUUUUCAAGACAGCCUUGACCAAAGAGCUAACAGUCAGGAUGUGCCACCUGGACAGGCCGAGGCAUCUAAGAGGAAACGCAUGGAUGGUAGGCCGGUCCACACUGGAGGAGGGAAAGUUCCUCAUGACCUUCAUGGCACAAAGACAGAUCUCCACCUUCGUUAUUUUCAUCUCCAAGACGACAUCGCUCCAUACUUCACACGCAGCAAAUCUGGGGCACUGUGUUUCCAGGAGGGUACAAGUCAGGUUGUAUCUGCAGACUUGCAAGGGAGUGGAGCAAGAGAUAGUGACCAGCGUAAGAGAGAUGUCCAUCCUGAACAAUACAGGCCAGCUAAAGACCGCGGGGGGGGCGAGUGUGUGUGUCGUGAAGGCUGGUACGGUCCACACUGUGGUGUGCCCACAAUGGUGCAACACUCCAAUCUGCACACCAAGAGUCACCUGGUGCCCCGUGAGGUUGCCCGCCGUGUUAUCAAUGCCAUCAACAUCAAUCAUGAGUUUGACCUACUGCACGCUCGCUUCCAUGAGCUGGCCCAUGCUGUCGACCUUUUCCUCGUGUGCGAGUCAAACUUCACGGCUUACGGCGACCACAGGCCUCUGCACUUCUUGCAGCUUCUGCUUAACGGGACCUUUGACUACAUAAAGCACAAGAUCCUCUAUGUUUUCCUUGACCAUUUUCCCAAAGGCGGGCGAGUAAAUGGUUGGAUUGCUGAUGAUUACUUGCGAACUUUUUUAUCCAAAAAUGGGAUGUCGAGGGUCCAGGGCUUACGUCCAGAUGACAUCUUCCUUAUUGAUGAUGCAGACGAGAUUCCGGCACAUGAGGGUAUCCUGUUCCUCAAGCUCUUUGAUGGCUGGACAGAACCGUUUGGCAUCCACAUGCGGAAAUCUCUGUAUGGGUUUUUCUGGAAGCAACCAGGAACUCUGGAUGUCAUCUCUGGCUGCACUGUGGCCAUGCUUUUUGCUGUAUAUAAGGGCGACGGCAUUUUGCUUAGACGGAGGGAAUACUACUCUAUGCCAGGAUUUCGAAAGUAUGAGAAUAAAACUGGACACAUCCUGGUACCGUGGUCCCUUGGAAACCCUGUCCACUAUGCUGGCUGGCACUGUUCCUGGUGCUUCAAGCCUGAGGGAAUAUACUUAAAAUUAGUCUCCGCCCAGAACGGAGAUUUCCCCCGAUGGGGCGACUUUGUGGAGAAACGAAAACUGAGCUAUAUCAAGGAACUAAUACGUACUGGUGGCUGGUUUGAUGGUUCGGUUCCAAACUACCCACCAACAAACCCCAAAGAGCACAUGUUUGCCCCCAAAUACCUUCUGGACAAUUUUGAGCGCUACAGCUACUUGCUUGAGAACCCCUAUACCAAGAAGCAGGGCUUGUAG